CUCACAACACCCUCACCGUCCCCUCACUCCGCUCCGCCCUCCCCAUAUCUCCAUGUUCUCCCGCCUCUCCCAACUCACCCGCCACCUCAGCAAACCCCUCCCCAAUUACCUCCACCAAUCCUCCUUUGCCGGAGCGUAUACGUCACGAACCCUCGCCAUGGCCGAAGAACGCAGCAAGAGGACGAUUCACACGGCGGCAUGCUUGAUCAUUGGAGAUGAAGUGUUGGGUGGGAAGACGGUCGACACCAACUCGGCCUACUUCGCCAAAUUCUGUUUCUCCCUAGGCAUCAACCUCAAGCGGGUAGAAGUCAUCUCCGACGAUGAAGGCGAAAUCGUCGAAGCCGCAAGACGGAUGAGUUCCAACUACGACUUUGUCGUCACGAGUGGAGGGAUUGGACCGACACACGACGACAUCACGUAUCAGAGCAUUGCCAAGGCCUUCUCUUUACCUCUUGUCUUGCACGAGGAGUCGUACAAGAAAAUGAAAGCCCUCUCCAAACCCCGCCCGGACCAACCUCCCUUCUCCUGGGACGAAGACUCACCUCAACGCCGCGCCAAACUCCGCAUGAUCGAACUUCCCUACGACAAUUCCCUCCCCGACGCCGACCAAGUCAUCUUCCCCGCCGAAGACCUCUGGGUCCCCAUCUCCUGCGUCAACGGAAACGUCCACAUCCUCCCCGGCAUCCCGCGCCUCUUCGAAAAACUGCUCACGGGCUUGAAACCCCGCCUUCUCCCCCGCCUGACCGAUCCCGACGGAAAAGGUGUACACCGAAUCCUCUUCUCCACACCCUUACCCGAGUCUUCAGUCGCGGAAUUUUUGACCCAACUCGCGGCAAAGGUGGAGCCGAAGGGUGUCAAGGUUGGAUCCUACCCGAGGUGGGGUAAGAGUCGGAAUACAGUGACGCUGGUGGGGAAGGACAAGGAGUUCAUGGAGACGUUGAUUGAGGAGGUGGAGAAGGGCGUGGAGGGAAAGAGGGUGCAGGCUGAAGAUGAGAAUGAUAGUGAGGGGAGUGAUAAGGAUGCUUGA